AUGGGAAAACAAAUGGUGAAGUUGUUGCUUCCAGCUAGAUGCUUCACCUGGGCCGUGCUAACUCUACUCCCACAAUGCUUCACAGCUGAAUGGAUAUGUAAAUUCUUUUCAAGUUCCACCAAUAUUCUAAUUAAUCUGCUUCCUCAAUCGACAGCGCUUGGUGUACAAGGAGGGGCUUCACAGACGCAGCAACUGAUGACUUAUUUUCGGCCAGAUAAUCAAUUCUUUCGGAGGGACGGAUCCAUCUCACGUAGUGCAGGAAGUUUCAAAGAGAUGUCAUGCUGGAUGGUAAGCAGAGAAAGACGAGCAGAUCGAAUUAGAGGGUUGUACUUGAGAACGCUAUUAAGACAAGAUAUUGAGUUCUUCGACACUCGAACAACAACGGGAGAGGAUGGCUUCUAUCCUAGUCUUGCGUUCUUGCAUUCCUGCACUUGCCAUAGCCGGAGGAUCCAUUUCAUUGCUUAUGGCGAAGAUGUGGAGUCGAUGACAAGUUGCUUAUGCAGAUGCUGGAAAUUGGUUGAACAAACAGUAGGAGCAAUCAGAACGGUUGUGUCCUUCACCGGAGAGAAUAAAGCAACAGAAAAGUAUGAUAGGAAAUUGCAAAUAGCCUAUGCAUCCACUGUUCAGAAAGGGUUGGCCUUAGGCAUAGAACUUGGCACAGUUUUACUAAUUGUCUUAAGUACUUAUGGACUUGUCAUAUGGUAUGGAUCAAAACUGAUCAUAGAAAAAAGAUACAGUGGUGGAGAGGUUAUCAAUAUCAUGAUGGCCAUAAUGACUGGUGGAAUAUCACUUGGACAGACAUCUCCAUGUAUAAAUGCAUUUGCAGCAGGUCAAGCUGCAGCAUACAAGAUCUUCGAGGCUAUUGAAUGGAAAUCGAAAAUUGAUGCGUAUGAUGAUAGAGGAAUUGUUUUGGAAAAUAUAAGAGGUAAAAUUGAACUUAAGGAUGUGUAUUUCACAUAUCCAGCAAGGCCAGAAAUCCAGAUAUUUUCAGGCUUUUCAUUACACAUUGUUAUUGGCGAAACUGCAGUUGUAGUUGGGCAAAGUGGCAGUGGGAAGUCCACAGUUAUUUGCUUGUUGGAGAGAUUUUAUGAUCCCGAUGCUGGAGAAGUACUUAUAAAUGGAGUUAAUUUGAAGAUGUUGAAACUAAAAUGGAUCGGAGGAAAAAUGGGACUUGUAAGACAUGCCUGCCCAUUUUUUUCAACAUUGGCUCUUACACGUGAGGAAAUAAUAUUAUCCCGUUUACCAGGGCUUGAUACAGUGGUGGAUGAACAUGGAACUCAGCUAUCCGGUGGUCAGAAGCAAAGGUUUGCAAUUGCUAGAGCUAUUCUUAAAAAUCCAAAAAUCCUUCUUCUCGAUGAGGCAACAAGUGCUCUGGAUGCAGAGUCAGAACGCCUUGUGCAUGAUGCACUUGAGAAUUGA